AAACGGACCAACGGGAAGUUCCCACUUCCAAACCAUGAAAUGGAGACAUGGAGUCCUCUGUUUAAAUCUCAAACUAGGGCUUUUCACAGUAGCAAAGGCGGGAAACCAAGGGGAGAGGGACAAAAAGACAGAUCAAGGAUAGGGAAGAGAACGAGAGAACACCUCAAGUGGUGAAAAUGAGCGACCAUUCCGAUCCCUCUUCAGAAGCCCUAGACCUUGACGCCAUUCGCAGUCGAAUUACGGAACUGAGAGAAAUCUACGGAAGUUCAAACGACGUCACAGAAGAAAUGACCCUUUCUGAUUCGGAGGAACUGCUCAAAGACUGUGCUCUUCAGCUCACGAGCAAAAUAAAUCAGGUUCUGUCCGAGUAUUCCGACGAUGGGGCUCUGGCGGUUGAUGAUUUAGAUGCGUAUUUGGGACAAUUAAAGGAGGAUCUUAAUUCCGUGGAGGUUCAAAAUGCCAAAAUAUCCAGUGAAAUUGAGGAUUUUAUGGAGACGUAUGUAGAAGAUUCUCAUCGAUUGGAGAAUGAGCUUGAAGGGUUGUACUGUUCAUUGGACUCUAUUGCUUCCCAAGGUAUUGAGAAAGUAAAAGCUGAUGGACGUGCUGAUUGCCCUGCACAUGGGGAGGGGGAAUUGUCAUAUGCAAAGGAAGAUUACAAGUUUAAGAUGUUGGAACUUAGUCACCAGAUCGAGAAGAUCAAAAUAACUCUAAAAUCGUUGCAGGAUCUUGAUUGCACUUUGAAAAGGUAUGAAGCCGUAGAAAAGAUUGAGGAUGCAUUGACAGGUCUUAAAGUAAUGGAAUUCGAGGGAAACCGCAUCAGGUUGACAUUGAGGACAUACAUUCCAACUUCAGAAAGCUUAUUGUCCCAACACAAAAUUGAGGAUAUUACUGAGCCAUUGGAACGCAAUCAUGAAUUGGUUAUAGAAGUUUUGGAAGGGACAUUGGAGCUAAAGAGUGUGGAGAUUUUCCCAAAUGAUGUAUACAUUGGUGAACUGAUUGAUGCGACAAAAUCUUUCAGGCAUUUCUUUUCAACUAUGUCAAUGCUGGAGAUGAGGUCUCCAUUGGAGUGGUUUGUAAGAAGAGUUCAAGAUAGAAUUGUUCUCUGCACACUAAGGCGAUUGCUGGUGAAGUUUGCAAAUAAGUCAAGGCACUCCUUCGAGUAUAUAGACAGGGAUGAGAUAAUAGUUGCUCAUAUGGUGGGAGGAGUUGAUGCUUUCAUUAAGAUGUCUCAAGGUUGGCCAGUAUCAAACAACGCUCUCAAGCUGAUAUCACUCAAGAGCUCAAGUCAGUAUUCGAAGGAAAUUUCAUUGAGCUUUCUCUGCAAAGUUGAGGAACUGGCAAACUCAUUGGAUGCGCAAAUCCGACAAAAUAUUUCAAGCUUUGUGGAUGCUGUUGAAAAAAUACUCAUGCAGCAAACGCUAGCAGAACUCCAGUCUGAUAAUAAUUCUGAGAGUUGACUACUUCUACAUACCAGAGCAAUGGUGGUUUCUCUAUUGGUAAUAGUAACCGGUAUAAUUUGAACUAUAUUUUCUGUGUGCAUUCUAUAUAAGGUUAGUCGUUGAUGUUCAUGAGCUCAUAAAGACUUUUAACUGGAUGCUCGUACAUCCUACCCACGUGUGGUUGUCUGAGAAGAGUCACUGCAUUCAUCAAUAUCCAAUUUGAAAUUAUUAUUUUUUUGAAAGGAAUGUGAAAUUAGUUUAAUAA